GGGAUCUGCUCAGUGGAGAUUGUUUACUGGAACUGCUACACUGCAUUGUUCUUUAGAACGCUUCAUUGUUGCAUUGUGACAUUCGCAGAAUGCGAGUUGCUGUUAUUUUUAGAACGUUUAAUUGAUACAUUGUCGCACUCGCGUUGUUUAGAACGUUUAAAUGUUAUGUUGUAACUUCUGCAGGAUGGCGAUAAUGUAUAGAACGUUGAAUAGUUACAUUGUAGCUCUCGCAGAAUGAGCGUUUCGGAACGUUUCGGAACGCUUCACUGUUACACAGUGCAAAAGUGAGCUGAGCUGAGCAGCAGCCCACCGGGAUCCGGUGUAAAUAUUCAACAAAUGAUAGAGGAGGAGUCGGUGCACGAUAAAAGGGAUGUGAACCGAGAGCAAAGAGCUUUGGACUCGGUUUAAAGCGCGCGCUUACUGUGUUCUCCUCAGUUUGCUGGAAGUCCUGCUGCUGCUUUAUUAUGAAGAGUGAUCUCUCAUAACAGGAUUUGGGCAUUAUCGAUCGGAUUAUGAGUGAUCAUCCAUGCAAAGUGACACGAGAUUGACUUAGUUUCAGAUCUUGAGGGGAUUUAUUUCUAUUCUUCUUUCCACUCGUUCGUAAGCUUAUGAUAAAAUAGUUAUUCUGGAAACACAUCUGCAUCCGUUCGGUAUAGGAUGCACCCAGAAAGCGAUGAAAACACUGCAGGAGUAGCCAGUGGGACACCCGACUCGGAAGAAUCGACCACUGAACCGCAGGCUGGACAUACUGAAGGCUCUGCAAUGGAGCACAAAGACCCGCGGGAGUACGAGGAACCGGAGCGUAAACUCGCCCCGGAGGACAGCACGGUGCAGCUGAUACAAACCGGCUGCCCGGACAAGCGUCCGGAGACGCCGCCGCCCGGCGCACACCCGGGUCCGGGGUUCGUUCCCCCUGAGGGAGGCUUCGGCUGGGUCGUGGUGUUCGCCGCUACAUGGUGCAACGGCUCGAUUUUCGGCAUCCAGAACUCAUUCGGGAUUCUGCACAUGAUGCUGGUGAAAGACCAUCAGGAGCCGACGGACCAUGCGUCUCAGUUUAAAGUGGCAUGGGUUGGUGCUCUGGCGAUGGGAAUGAUAUUUUUCUGCUCUCCAGUGGUCAGUAUGUUCACCGAUCACUUUGGAUGCCGGAAGACGGCUGUGUGUGGAGCGUUUGUGGCUUUCCUUGGUCUUCUCACCAGUUCCUUCGCAACCACACUGGGUCUUCGAUAUUUCACAUACGGGAUACUAUUCGGCUGCGGAUCCUCCUUCGCAUUCCAGCCGUCACUGGUGAUCCUAGGGCAUUAUUUUCGACAGAGACUGGGUUUGGCCAAUGGCGUGGUGACGGCAGGCAGUAGCCUAUUUUCCAUGGGGCUCCCUGUGCUGCUCAAGAAAGUGGUGGGACCGCUGGGCCUUCCCAGAACCUUCCAGAUCCUCAGCAUUUUCAUGCUGGUCCAGUCACUGCUGGCCCUCACCUUCAAACCACUCAUGCCCAGCGGGAUGUGCCCGAUGCCAGGCAUGGGAAUGGAUGGAGGCGCCCCGUCUGGCCUAGAGUCGGCGAGCAGGUGGCAGAAGGGCCUGGCCAAAAUCAGGAAGUACUUUAAUGUACGAGUGUUCGGGGUGCUGACCUAUCGGGUUUGGGCGUUUGGCGUCGCCACGGCAGUGCUGGGAUACUUCGUUCCGUACGUGCACCUGAUGAACUUUGUGAAGGAGCAGUUUGGCGACACUCAGAGGGAAUGGGUGCUGCUUGUGUGUAUCGGAGCGUCAUCUGGAGUUGGUCGACUGCUGUUUGGGAAGAUCGGUGACCUCAUACCGGGAGUAAAGAAAAUCUACAUGCAGGUGGCCUCAUUCAUAUUACUGGGUCUGAUGUCCAUGAUGAUACCUCAGUGUGCCGUCUUCGAAGGUCUGGUGGUGGUUUUCGUUUUGAUGGGUCUUUGUGACGGCUGUUUCAUCACUAUCAUGGCCCCCAUCGCCUUUGAGUUGGUAGGGCCCAUGCAGGCAUCUCAAGCCAUCGGCUACCUCCUUGGCCUCAUGGCCAUACCAAUGACAGCGGGACCACCAAUCGCAGGACUUCUCCACGACUAUUUUGGAAACUACCACGUGGCGUUUUAUCUGGCUGGUGUUCCUCCGAUAGUGGGCGGUAUCGUGAUGUUUUUUGUGCCUCUGGUGCACCAGCGCAUGCAAAGACGGCGAAAAGAGGCCAACGACCCCAGCAUGGACAAGAUGUUGAAGAACUGCUCUAACGGAGACAUGCUGCCCGGAUACACAGACAUGGAGACACACAUAUGAAACCCACAGCCACACAAAGGGAUUCAUCUCACCAGCACUGCUUGUGGCGUGUGUUCGUGAGUGUGUGUCAGAGAUGGUGUGUGAUGUAUUUCCUCUUUGCUUGGCUCUAAUCAGACUCGAAGUCUCAAGGCUUUUCCCCCUGCUCGUUUGCUCCUCUGGAGAGGAGAUGUGAUCAUCCAUCAAGAGCCCAAACCCUCCUCCAGUGGCCCGCACUGCCAUUUCCACCGGCUCCCGAGUGACCGAACGACUUACGCAUGCAGAUUUGGACCGAAAUCACCUCCUGCUCACGUUUCGGAGAGCUCAGGUAGUGCGGGAGCCGUCAGUUGAAUUAGCUUUAGCACCUUUAUAAAGGAAACAUUAAUUUGAUGUGAGAGAGUAGCAUUUCCGGCACGGAGAAAAGUGCUGUUUUCAUUGAGCUUGAUAGUUUAUUGUCUAGAUUAUGCAAAUCAAAUUUGUAAGCUUUAGAUGUUUUCAUAAUACGAUUUUUAAAAAAUCCUCCAUAGACUUGCUCGGAAUUGAUUUCGGAACCUUUUAUGAGACAAAUCCGUCUUUCUUCGUGCACUUUCUGCUACCGACUUUGAUAACCUCAGCCGUGAUUUUCUUAUCAUAACGUACCGCAGCUGUGUAUCGCUUAUGACUUAUUGUAGAAAUGAAAACUAAACGAGGAAUCAUUUUUAUGAAUUUUUUUAAAAGCUAAUCCUCUGUCCUUAAUAAUAUCUGCUACAUUUAGUUCAGUAAUCAGCUAUGCAGUAAGGAGUUCACAAACUGUGCCAUGACCAUUGAGCCAGAUGAAAAAUAAAGGAUCAAUAUUCAUAAAGGCGGUGAAUCUCAUGAAAAAAUGCCAAAGGAAAAUAAAGAGAAAUUAUAUUUUGCAUCCUUUUUUUUUCGUUUUAUGUACAUGAAUCAGUAUAAAAACAUUUCAAAGUUGCAAAUUAAACAUUGGAGUAGUUUUUGCAAGAUAAAAUUAUUUCAUCGACACUUUAAAAAUAAAUUUAAAGUAAAUUCUACAUCAGUUUAUUCCUGUCCACCGUUUAUGCAAAAUAUAAUUUCUUAUUUUUGGGGUCAAAUAUGACCCAGAUAUUCCUUGACAAUUUUCCUGAGAUCCACUCAAGGACAAAAUCACUACAUUUUCUAUUUUUUAAAAUCUCUCUUGUGUCCUUUCUCCACAUUUGACUCCCAUUUAUUGUAUUUUUUUAAGAAAUUAUAUUUUGGUUAUAUGUGUUGUGUCUUGUUAUAUUAAAAAACCAAUCCGGCAUUUGGAUUCGAGUUGAAUGGACUUACGAAGACAAUCAAAGCGCGAUCUGAACCGAGUGACGACACUAUAAACAUGUCACAUCUGUGAUUCGUUCAAGAAUAGAAAGAACUGAAUGCUGUGAGCAGAAUGACAUAGUAGUAUUACACAAAGUGGGCCAUGUUUAUGAGUAUUAAUCAGUUACUAUGUGACAUUUGAAGCUGUGUUUAUUCUUUCUGAUAAUUUGUUGUUGUAUCGUUGAUUACAUUAACAUGUCUCACGUGUUUAGUGAGAGCAGCUUUCCUCAAUCUCUUCCAAAAACUAGUGAGCUGAAACUAUUCAGCCAAGAGAAAUAUUGAUUAUACAUCAUUAUUAGGGCUGUCAGUCGAUUAAAAGUUUGAAUCUAAUUAUUACAUGAUGUGUCGAUCAUUAAUCGCGAAUUAAAUUAGACUGUGAAAAUAUCCACAAAAGAUUGUUUAAAACUAUUUUUGGGUUAAAUGAGAAAGUAUCAAGUAGACAUUACAAACUGUAGCUUUAAAAAGAAAUCUUUUAUUUGAUUCGACAUAAAAUUUAUUACACAUAAACAUUCAGGCUGGAAUGUCCUAACAUGAACUAUGGAACAUAAAAGUGGAUAAUUUGAGAAACAUCUUAGUAUUUUUUGUUCAUACGAUGAAAAUCAUUGGUAACCAAAACAAGCUUUGUUACCAACAGUCUUCAGAUUACCUUCUUUUAUGUUCCACAAAAGAAAAGUUUGAAACGGCAUGAGGGUAAACGAGUAAACGAUGACAGUGUUUAAAUUUUUUGGGUGAACUGUCCCUUUAAUGUUUUUAAUUUUAUCAUUAUUAUUAUUUAUUAGUGCUGUCAAAUGAUUAAUCGCGAUUAAUUGCAUCAAAAAUAAGUGUUAUGUUUACAUAAUAUAUAUGUGUGUACUGUGGGGGUCAAUAUAAAAGUACAAUUUAACAUGUAACAGAAAUAUGUAAGUGUUGUAUUACUUUUGUACAGUAAAAUGUACAGUAAAAUAUAUACAGGUCUUUAUAUAUUCCUAUUUCUGCCAAAUUUAGAUAAAAUAAUUAAAUGAUAAAAAUAAAUAUUACUACAAGAUUAACCACUUAAUUGUAGAAAAUAAUGCUACAAUUAUUACCAAAACUUCUUAAACUGAAUAUUCACACAGUUUUUUUUUAUAUAUAUAUUAAUUUUAACAGAAAACCUCUGUUUGUUUUGCAAAAAAUUAAUAAAAAGGUUUCAUUUACAUUUGAUUUAAAAAAAAAUGUUUAAUGCCUUCGUUUGAUUAUCAGAAAAAUUAAAACACAAGAAUCUCUGGGGGGAAAAAAAGAAAAAGAUUGUAGGGCCCUAUUGUUUAAAAUGUUGAAAUUGAGAAUUCUGGUACUUCUUUUUUCACUGAAAUAAAUGUUUUUGUUAUUACACAGAGAGUACAGUAAACCUAGGGGAAACGCUGAAAUGUACACUGAUACUGUAUGUAUGUAUAUAUAUAUAUAUAUAUAUAUAUAUAUAUACACACACACACAUACAUAAUAAAUACACAGUGCAUACACAUAUGUUAUGUAAACAAAAACUUUUAUUUUGGAUGUGAUUAAUCACAAUUAAUCAUUUGACAGCACUAUUAUUUAUUUAAUUUUUUUAAUGAAAUGACACUCUAAAAAAGUAACUAAAUCUGCCAGCAGGUGGCGAUAAAUGUCGUUAUGAGUCAUUCACUUAUUCGAUUCGAUUAGUUCAAACGGUUGAUUCAGGAAUGUAAGUGUAAAGUAAAUGGCUCUCUUUAUAAAUGGACCUUUGAAUCAUUGAUUCAUACGAUUUGUUCAAAACUCGGAUUCAUUCAGAAACUAAACACUGCUGUGUUGGUCAAAGAUGCACAACAAUUCAGCUGUGGCUUCAAAAUUUGCAGGUUCUCUGCAAAAUGAAACAAAAACACAUAAUAGUGUUUAAAAUAUAACACAAUAUCAACUUCUUGAUACUGAACUGUUGUAUGAAAUCACAUUGAAGCUGGUGAUACAUCGGGACAAAAUCAGCACUUGUGUCAUAUUGCUUUUGCUGCCCGUGUGAUAUUGUGUGAUAUGUGAUGUGUAUAUAUAAUUAUGAGACAAAACACAUAGAGGUAUAUUUUGCACCAGUAUUUUGAAUUUUAGCGCAUAAGUGCAUUUAUAGAGUUGUUGCCCCGCAUCAUAUUUGUCAGCAGUCAACUGUAUGAAAUAUAAGAUGAUUGUGUUAACUGCGUUAAAAUAUUUGAAUCACGUUAUUAAUCGUGUUACUUUUCAUAACUAAUUAAUUAUGUUAACACGUUAAACUGACAGCCGUAAUUAUUAUACAUUAAAAUCAAUUGUGAAUCAACCACUAUUUGCGUAUGUAGAUUUGUGAGGUUAGGAUGCUGAUUUAGCCCAUAGGCUUCAAGGCAGCUCACUAGUAUUUGGAACAGAUCUGUAGUUUCUCUCUGCGCUUUCAUCUUUCCAUUUGUCAACUAUUUCCCAGAAGCCCUUUAACCACCAGUUUCUGUCCGUGUUGUCAUGGAGAUCUGUCCGUAUGAGCUAAUUAACGUUGUUUCGGGUACAUUUUCCUCAGAACUCAUUAGAUGCCCUGUUUAAAAAACAAGAGAUGGUCACGAUCUUAACCAAACUGCCUCAACCGACCCCGUCCUGCAGGUUUAACCAGGAGGCGGCGCUUUUACACUAAAGCAACUAGACCACAAGACACCUCUUCAGAUUCUAGUACUGUGUGAUGAUGUAAAUGUGGUGACUAAAGAUGCUUGUUUUAGACGAACUGAUGUCUUUAUAGGAAGAAGACGAAAUCGUGCAUACCUCAGAUGUCUGUUUUAUGGUUUCAUACUGAUAAAUGUUAGACCCUGGUGCACUUAGUAGUUCUGAUUUGCCUCCUGCAGUAGUUUGUUUGUGCAGAUUCAUGCACUGCCGUGCGAAUCUUUGAGCCUCAAAGCCAUGAUUCCUGUCAUUUAUGUCUCUCUUCCUGAUCAGCAUGUGAUUGUCAGUGCUCAUCAUAUAUAGCAGUCCCUGCAUUCAAAUGAUCAUCCUUCCUUAGAGUUGUGGUCGUGCCAUUUUUAUAUGUGUGAGGGACAAAGAAUGAGACAGACAGACACAUUCAGACUUUUAGUAACUCAGGGAGUGCAGUUUUUCAUCUUUCAUCACCCGCCCACGUAUUAGUGCACGCUGGAUUCAUAAACUGUUACUCAACACAUAUUUUAUUGAUAAAGGCAUUUGGAGUCUGAAUAGGUGAAUGGGGUGAAUCUAUAUAUAUACAAAAGUUUGGGAUUACAAACAUUUUUAAAGAAGUCUUUUUAGAAGUUUUCUGCUUAUCAAGGCUGCAUUUAUUUGAUUGAAAAUACUGAAAAAAUAGUAAUAUUGUGAAAUAUUAUUGCAAUUUAAAAUAGUGCUUUUCUAUUUUAAUAUACUUUAAAAUAGAAUUUAUUCCUUUGAUGCAAAGCUAAAUUUUUAUUUUAGCAUCAUUACUCCAGUCUUCAGUGUCACAUGAUCCUUCAGAAAUCAUUCUAAUAUGCUGAUUUAUUAUCAGUGUUGAAAACUGAAUAAAUAUUUUUUGGAAACUGAUCAUUUUUUCAGAAUUCUUUGAUGAAUAAUACAGGAUUUAUUUAAAAUAGAAAGGUUUUGUAACAAUAUACACUACUGUUUGAAGUUUGGGGCCAGUACGUUUUUCUUUCUUUGAAAGAAAGAAUAAAUAAAUUGGUAUAUUACAAUGAUUUAUGAAGACACUGAAGACUGACAACGGAGUAAUGAUGCUGAAAAUUCAGCUUGGUAUCACAGAAAUUAAUUAUAUUUAAAAUAGGGCUGUCAGUCGAUUAAAAUUUUUAAUCUAAUUAAUUACAUGAUGUUUUGAUUAAUUAAUCUAAAUUAACAUGAGCUGUGGAACAUAAAAGAAGAUAAUUUGAGAAACAUCUCAGCAUUUUUUGUUCAUACAAUGGUCAAUGGUAACCAAAACAGCUUUGUUACCAACAGUCUUCAAAAUACCUUCUUGUAUGUUCCAUAAAAGAAAGGUUUGACACGACAUGAGGGUGAGAAAAUGAUGAGAGAAUUAAAUUUUUUUUUAGUAAACUAUCCCUUUAAUGUUUUUAUUUUUGAUAUUAUUUUUUAAUGAAAUGACACUCUAAGAAAGUAAAUCUGCCAGCAGGUGAGGGUAAAUGUCUUCGAUUUGUUCAAACGGUUGAUUGAGGAAGAAAGUAAAUGGCUCUCUUUAUGAAUGAGCCUUUGAAUCAUUGAUUCACACGAUUCGUUCAAAAUGCGUAUUCAUUCAAAAACUAAACACAACUGUGUUGCUCUGAGACGCGCAACAAUUCUGCUAUGGCUUCAAAGGUAAUAUGUUCUCUGCAAAAUUGGGCAAAACACAUAAUAUAGUGUUUAAAAUAACACACUAUCAACUUCUUAUUCAAUGAACUGUUGUAUAAAAUCACAUUUAAGCUCGUAAUAGAUCAGGACAAAAUAAGCACUGGUGUCAUAUUGCUCUUGCUGCCCGUGUGAUAUUGUGUGCCAUAUGUAAAUAUGAGACAAAACGCAUACAGGGCAUUUUUUGCACAAAUAUCUUGAAUUUAGGGCAUAAUUGCAUUUAUGGAGUUGUUGCCCUGCAUCAUAUUUGUCAACAGUCAACUAUAUGAAAUAUAAGACGAAGUACAGGUCUGGGGGCGGGGCUAGUGUGUUAAAAUAUUAUAAUUGCGCUAUUUUUCAUAGAUUAUUAAUUAAGAUAACUUGUUAAACUGAGCCCUGAUUUUAAAGUAUGUCAAAAUAGAAAAGCGUUUUAAAAAUAUUACUUUUUCCUGUAUUUUUGAUCAAAUAAAUGCAACUUUGAUGAGCAUAAGAGACAUUAAAAAUCCUACUGAUCCCAAACUUCUAUAUACAGUCAUGUGAAAAAGUUCGGACACCCUAUUGAAUUUCAUGGUUUUGUGUAUCAGGACAUAAUAAAAAAUGAUCUGGUCCUUGGCAGGUCUUAAAAUUUGGAAAAUAAAUCCUCAGAUAAACAUCAUCACAUGACAUAUCACACUGUGUCAUUAUUUAUUUAACAAAAAUGCAGCCAAGAGGGAAAGGCCAUGUGUGACAAAGUUAGGACACCCUAUGAGUCAAUUGCCUGCAGAUCCACUUUUAGCAGCAAUAACUUGAAGCAUCAGUCUCUCACAUCAUUCUGGAGGAAUUUGGACCACUCUUUUUUUCAACGUUGCUCCAGUUUAUUGAGGUUUGUGGGCAUUUGCUUAUGCACAGCUCUCACCACAGCAUUUGAGUCAGGAUGAGCUCUGGACUUUGACUGGGCUAUUGCAACACCUUGAUUCUUUUCUUUUCAGCCAUUCUGUUGUAGAUUUGCUGGUGUGCUUGGGAUCAUUGUCCUGUUGCAUGACUCAAUUUUGGCCCAACUUUAGAUGUCGGACAGAUGCCCUCGCAUUUGACUCUACAAUACUUUGAUAUACAGAGGAGUUCAUGGCCAACUCAAUGACUAUGAGGUGCCCAGGUCCUGUGGAUACAAAUCAAGCCCAAAAUGAUCAGCCCCCCCUCUAGCAUGCUUGUCUUUUGGUAUGAGGUGUUUGUGCUGAUAUGCUCUAAACUUGGCGCUGUGCAUUAUGGCCAAACAUCUCCACUUCGGUCUCGUCUGUUCAAAUGACAUUAUUCCAGAAGACUUGUGUUUUGUUCAGAUGCAACUUUGCAGACCUAAACUGUGCUGCAAUGUUUUUUUUUUUUUAGAUAGAAGAGGCUUUCUUCUGCCAAGCCUUCCAAACAUGCCAUUUUUGUCCCAUAUUUUUCUAAUGGUAUUGUCAUGAAUUUUAUAAUUUAACAUGUUAACUGAGGCCUGCAGAGUCUGAGGUGUAGUUUUUGGGUUGUCUGCCAUUCCUCUGAGCUUUACACGGUCUGAUCUGGGGGUGAAUUUUCUGGGACGUCCACUCCUGGAAGGAGAGGUGUCUGUUUUAAAUGUCUUCUACUUGCGAAUAAACUUCAAAUUGUUUGAAAAUGGCCAUAUUACUCUUCUCAGAUUAAUGGCAGCAACAAGUGCUUCUCUAAGAUGAUUGCUGAUGUCUUACUCCUUGGCAUUGUGUUAACACACACCUGAAGGCUCCAGACCAGCAAACUGCCAAAUCUUAUGCUUUUAUAGAGGCAUAUAUAAGAUGUUAUAUUUACCCUCUUAAUUUCAAUGUUAACAGUAAGGGCGUCCUAACUUUGUCACACAUGGCUUUUCCAUUUUGGCUUUAUUUUUGUUCAGUAAAUAAUGACACGGCACAAUUUAUCAUGCGUUGCUGUUCGUCAGAGGUUUUAUUUUUGAAAUUUUAAGACCAGCCAGGGACCAGUUUUUUUUUAAUGAUGUCCUGAUACAGAAAACCAUGUAAUUCAAUAGGGUGUCCUAACUUUUUCACAUGACUGUAUAUGCAUUGUGAUAUCGUCAAAAAUAUUACAGUCAAUUAAAAUCUGUAUAAAGGCAGUACAGCUAAUAUGACUAUCAUGUUUUUCACACUACAUUAAUGAGCUGUUUUUGUAUUAAAGGACAGGAAAAUGCUUGAUUUAUGAAAAUGUCAUAAUGUUAAAUAAUAAUCUUAAUUUCACAUGUUCUUGUCCUAGAUUCAGACUGACUCAGACGCAGUCUGACUCACGUCGAUUAUGUCUUCCACUGAUAAUUUAGUCCAGUUUCUGCCAAAUUUGUAUGUAGGGACUGUUGUUUGUCUGUCCGUCUCUCUCUUCUCUUUCAUUCUGGUUUUGCUUUUAAUUAUUAAAGGUCAGUGCAAAAUUCACCCUAUUUACUUUCUGAAUAUGUAACUUAAAUGAGAGCUCGCUUUUAUUUUUUAACCUUGACCAACCACUCAGCUUCUUUUUUAUAUGUAAAUCUGCUUUCUAUAAUUCAUUUUAUUACUGCUCAACAUAUUUUUACUAGUUAAUUUUUUUAAAAAUCCUGUUACACUCACCGAUCUCAUAGUUUUCCUACUAAAAUAAUGAUUUAACGUUUUUUUUUCUGACCUCACAUCACUGCCUUUUUAUCCCGUCCACUUUAUUUCAAAAUGCAGUUUAAAGGCCAGAUAAUACACUUUUAUUUAUCUGUUUGUGUUGCUGCAUAUUGCAGAAGGAAUCUAAUCUAGGGGAUGCAAUAAACUUUAUUUUUCUGUAAAUGUUGAACUGGUGCGUAAACACAGUAAAGGUCUCUUUAGCUUUCGGAUCGAUACUUUAGACCGCUCUCUGCCCUUUCUGAUGUUACCAUGUGCCUGCACGCAAAGUCCUCUAAACUACAUUUCCACCAGGCUUCUCAAUUAUAUCGUUUACAGUUGUCGACACAACAAAAACAGUACUUACAUGUAAGUACACUUCUCGUAUAUAUAUAUGCAUACACACACAGAGUUGACCUCUAGGGGUCGGUGGAAGGGUCAAGCACUUUGACCUCUUGUGUCUGGAGAGUGUCCGUCCCACCUGGUGCUUACAUGUACUAUAGCGACACGUGCUGUAAAGCCUUCAACAGGCAAUAGGGCUUCAAUUAACAGUCAUUUGUCAUUCUAAAUGAUCAUAACAGGUCAGUAAAGCCAGUCACGAUAGCGUCUCUCUGUUUUUCUCUUAUUCAACUGUUCUCACUUUACACAACUGUAGCACUUGAUUUCUGAACCUCAAUCUUCAUCCUCAUCGUCAUGAAAUAUUAGCGAUUUUAAAGGAUUAUUGAAGCUGAGCUGCUAGAAAUGUGUAAUUUUGUGUUUAUGUGAAAAGUAUUUUUUUGAUCCUGUAAUGUAAUUUUUUUUCUAUUCAACCAACAAUAAACAUAUUACACACCA